AUGACGCUACUGGAAGAAUCCGUGAAGUUACGAGAUAGAGCGACUGUUACCACCGCGGCGGAUCGUGCAGGUUGUGGACACGUGGCAGCUGACAUGACAGCUGACGCAUCAGCUGACGUAGCAAGAAAGAAUGCACAUCAAGAAAGAGCUUGUAGCGGAGUUCCCCCGACCGCAUCCGCCAAUUCUUCCGCCGCUGUCGGCGCGGCUUCCGCCUCUGGUGCUUCCGCCAAUAAUGCUUCCGUCAUCAGCUUUUCCGCCAGCUCCGCCGCGACUACCCCCGAACUGGUUCCGCGCUCCUCCCGCCCAUCCACCCCCUGUUCCCCGCGCCCAUCCAACAUUCACCUCGAUACCCCUCAAAAACCCCCUCGCCCGAUUAGUUUAUCGAUAAGCACGACUUUUUCAGGGGAAAACACCCCAGCGGGCCCGUCGCCCCGCGUUGCUGCAGCCGCGGCUGUGGCUGCCGCUGCUGCUGAGCUGCUUUGGGAAACGCCGCCGAAGCAGACUGCCGGGACAGGCUCGGCAGGAGCAUUGCAACGGCAAGGCUCGGGGAAAGGCUGGGGAGUAAGCUCGCCGUCAGGACCGGCAGCUGAUGGGGGGAGCAGCAGCGGUGGUUCGGGGCUGCAGCGGCAGCCGUCAGGCUCGGCAUCAGGAUCGGACACGCCGAAGCUGAAGCAGUGGGUAGCGGCCCAUCCCCCUGCACACGGCUUGGAUAAUUCGGCUCUUGUCGUGGAUGGCUCUGCCUUGUCGUAUCUGUGGAAGGAGGUGGUGGGGCGGGACGGGGCGGCAAGAGAGGGCGGCAAGGGCGCGGAUGUGAGGAGAGAGAAGGUUUACAACACCAUGUUCAAUGUGCCAUGGCGGUGUGAACUGGUGAGGGGUGUAGAGCGGUGUAAGGCGGUUGAGUUCCGCAAGGAGAGGGAGGGGAGGAAGGGUGCGGACGUGAGAAGGGAGAAGGUCUACAACACCAUGUUUAACAUGCCAUGGCGGUGUGAACUGGUGAGGGGUGUAGAGCGGUGUAAAGCGCUCAUCCUCAUACGGUACCUACUCCAUCGGCACUCCUUCUUGCUCCCCUCAUGCAUGCUCACACCGCUCUCCUUCUCCCGUAAUCCUAACUCCCCGUUCGCCUCCCACACCACUCCUUCACCUGAUCACCAUGGAGCAUCUCGUCUGUCUCUCCCCCUCUCAGGCGUUCGUGCACACAACUCUCCUCCACACUUCCCCUUCUCCCAAUCUCCUCCUCUCCCUCCCACUACACCACUCCCUCAGCUGAUAAUAAUGGGCUACCUUGUCUGUCUCGACUCCUUCCUCUCACUCCUCGCCAUCCUUCCCAUCCGCCUCUUCCUCCUCUUGCUCCGCCUGCUCCUGGCACCAUGGAGGGGGCGGCUGCAUCUGGGUGUGGACGACAUUGCUGACGUCGGCAAGGGCGUCAUCAUCGUGUGCGGUGUGCUGGCGCUGCAGCAGGCUGACGUCAGCCUCAUAUACCACUGGAUCCGCGGGCAGAACAUUCUCAAGCUCGUCGUGAUCUACAAUGUGCUCGAGGUGAUGGACAAGCUGUGUCAGAGCCUGGGGUGUGACGUGCUACAGAUGACUCUCAACACCGCGGCUCGCGUGGCUGCUGCCGCUACAGCCGGGUCAUCGGCAGGAGCGGCAGGAACAACAGGAGCAGGAGCAGCGGCAGCAGCAGCAGCAGCAGCAGCAGCAGGAGGAACAGGAGCAGGAACAGCCGGGUCAGCAGCGCCUGCUGCUGCAUCCCUGGCAACAGAAGCCCUGCGGUUCAUAAUCGACGAGGCCAUAGCCGUGGCAUGCUUUCUGCUGCACGCGCUGGUGCUGCUCACACAAGCGGUCACGCUGAACGUGGCAAUCAACUCGCACAACCACAUCCUCGUCACUCUGCUCGUGUCGAACAACUUCGCCGAAGUGAAGUCUAAUGUGUUCAAGCGCUUUAGUCGGGAGAACAUCCACAAGCUCGCCUGCCUAGACACGGUGGAACGGUUUCAUCUCUCGUGUCAUCUCCUCUUCGUGGUGGUACAGAACGUGGUGAAGGGGCAGGGCACCUCACUCUCCUUCUUUGUCCGGAACGUGUGCACGGUGUGGGGCUGUGAGAUGCUGGUGGACAAUCUGAAACACUCCUUUCUCGCCAAGUUCAACGAGAUCAAGCCUGAAACCUACUCCGACUUCCUGCUCUCGCUCUGCAGACAGGUGAACCGCUUUGCACACACAUGA